CUUUCAGAAUAAAAUUACAUUGAAAAUGACUGAGCGCUUUGACUGCCAUUACUGCAAGGAAUCUCUGUUUGGAAAGAAAUACCUGCUGAGGGAAGAGAACCCAUACUGUGUGAAAUGUUAUGAAAGCCUGUACUCCAACACAUGUGAGGAAUGCAAGAAACCCAUCGGAUGUGAUGGCAAGGAUCUUUCAUACAAGGACCGUCACUGGCACGAAGGCUGCUUUCAUUGUUUCCAGUGCAAGCGCUCUUUGGUGGACAAACCAUUUGCAGCAAAAGAUGAACACCUAAUUUGUACAGAAUGUUAUUCUAAUGAAUAUUCUUCAAAAUGCAAUGAGUGCAAGAAAACAAUCAUGCCAGGGACACGUAAGAUGGAAUAUAAAGGAAAUAGCUGGCAUGAGACCUGCUUUGUCUGUACCCGCUGUCAGCAGCCAAUAGGAACAAAAAGCUUUAUCCCUAAGGAGAACCAAAACUUUUGUGUGCCAUGCUAUGAAAAGCAGUUUGCAAUGCAUUGCAUCCAGUGCAAAAAAGCCAUCACCACUGGAGGUGUCACCUACCGAGAUCAGCCCUGGCAUAAAGAAUGCUUCCUUUGUACAGGAUGCAAGAAACCUCUGUCGGGACAGCGGUUUACUUCUAGAGAUGAAUUUGCCUAUUGCCUGAACUGCUUCUGCAACUUGUAUGCCAAGAAAUGUGCUGCUUGUACUACCCCCAUAAGUGGGCUCGGAGGAACAAAAUACAUAUCCUUUGAGGAGCGUCAGUGGCACAGCGAUUGCUUUAACUGUAAGAAGUGUGCCAUCUCUUGGUGGGCCGUGGCUUCCUUACAGAAAGAGAUGAUAUUCUGUGUCCUGAAUGUGGAAAAGAUAUAU